AUGGAGAUAGAAUCGAUGGCUGUUCAAGACAUGGUAAUUAAUACGCAGUCAAUAAGUACGCAGCAUGCACAGGAAUCUACCCAGCAGAUGGACGUGGAGAUCGAGGAGAACGGUGUUGUCCGUCCCAACUUUCCGGCUUUGAGCGCCCAGCAACAGUCUGGAGGCAAGAAUGAUUUUCGUCGCGUACGUGUGCCGGCACACCGUUACACACCGCUGAAGAACGACUGGCCCAACAUUAUGAAGCCCAUUGUAGAACACCUGAAGCUGCAGAUCCGCAUGAAUACGAAGACGCGCUGCAUUGAGCUGAAGAACUCGCCACACACGACAGAUGUUGGUGCUUUGCAGAAGGCUGCUGACUUUGUGCAGGCUUAUAUGAUGGGAUUUGAGGUACAAGAUGCCGUGGCUUUGCUGCGUCUGGAAGACCUGUUUAUUGAUACGUUUGAGGUGAACGAUGUUAAAAUGCUCAAGGGCGACCACUUGAGUCGCGCCAUCGGUCGUGUAGCUGGACAGGACGGCAAGACCAAGUAUGCCGUUGAGAACGCUACCCGUACACGUAUCGUACUGGCUGAUCAGAAGAUUCAUAUUCUUGGCUCGUUCUCCAAUAUCAAGUUGGCGCGUGACGCAAUCUGCUCCCUUAUCAUGGGCGCGCCACCUGGCAAGGUGUACAACAAGAUGCGUAAUGUAGCUAGUAGAAUGAACGAACGAUUUUAA